AUGCUGUAUGGGGGUUCGUUUCCUGAGGAACUCUAUUCUCCAAAACAUGAUUAUUGUUUUGUUUACGCCCUCGUGCGACCAGCUGGUUCCUGGUCAUUUGCGGAAAGACUUUCUGAUAUCGUGGAUUUGACAAAAUUGGAGGAAAGAGGAAACAGUCUCAAGAAGAUGGACAUCACUGCCGCCUUGCAGCACAUUAAACAUGUGAUACAACCAGAUAUGGCUCUAUUCCAUUUUGUUUGUUUAAAAGGAAUGACAACUUACAGGUCAGAUCUCUUACUGAGGGGUUUGUUAGUUUCAAUUUGAUGUAGUUUGUCUCGUCUGGUUUUAAUUACUAACUCCGUGACUUUUGCGUCAUUUUGCGAGUUCUUAUAAAUUGUUUAUUCUCAUGUUUUGCACGGAACAACUUAGCUUACGCGAAUUGAGUCGUUUGUUUCGCUACCAAACGUUAAAUCCUUGACGUCUGUUGAUGAUCUUACGCACUGUUCUACGCCCCUGUCAUAGGGCACACUUCGAUUCUUUUGAUAUUGCAAAAGCGAUCAGUAAAUAGAUCUUAUUCAAAAUAGCGAGCAUGAUUUUCAUUCAUUGUGUGGAUACAAAUUAGCCUUCAUGGCCUUCCAUUUGAAAGAAAACUUCAUUACUUUUAGAAAUAUUGUGGAGAACAGAAAGGUAACCUUACAUGAAUCAAAGAGAAUAGUGACUGAAGUAGUUUCCUCCAUACAAUACAGAGAUCUCUUAUCUUUAAUACUGACAGAGGCUUUUCGUUUUCUUAUCCACAGGGCGCUCUUUGAUGCAUUGGAUAUUCCAUUAGUGGGUGGAUCAGUGGAAUCGCGAUAUCUUUGCAUGGACAAACUCAUUACACGCGGUGUUUUGGUCUCUUGCGGCGAUGUUUCAUGCCCUGAUGGAUUUCUUUACCACAAAGGUAGAAGUGACACCCUUGUAAGAGAAAACGAUAUUUUUAGACCCCUUUUUAAACUCCUUCCCAAGCUUCUGUGCUCUGCUAUUUCCUACGAAUGAAAAAUAAACCAUUUGGCUAGCGAAAAAAUGUACACAAUACUGAGUAGCUUAAGGUGUUGAAAACGGACUUAUAGAAAAGAGAACAGUUCAAAUUGGACGCGACUCAUACCUUACCAAGUCUUCCCUCUCUUGAUAGCACCACUGUGAAUUAAAAAAGUAAUUGUAUCAAUUUGCAUCAAUUUUACACCGUUUUAAAAUGAGUCUACGAAGCUUUGUUGACGCUAGUAACUCACCACCGACAAAUAAAAAAUGAUCGGUAAUUUAAAUCGGAUUGACUUUGAGAAUUCUUUUGCCACAGGUGACCCUCUAAAGUCUGAACAAGUUAGGUAUCCAUGUGUUGUCAAAGCAAGUCAAGGAGAAGACACCAAAGCAGUGCGAUUAGUGAAAGACUCCAAAUUGCUUAACGCAGCUAUUGAGCAUGCCUUAUCGUAUUCAGACCAUGUGAUCAUUGAAAGGUAGUAUUGUCGUUGAGUAAGUGUUGUAGUCGAGGAAGCGUGUAGGAGUGAACAUGGUUUGGCUGUUUUGACCGUGAUGAUAUUGAUAAACCGAUAGGCCAAGUUGUUGUCAAGCUUAUAUAUGAAGGAAACUGUAAGUCGGAUCCAAAAUCGGAUGAAUCUGACUUGUCGAUGAAAGCAUUUGUUUUAAUACAUGGAAGCAUUUAAAAUACUUGUGUAAAUUUGACUGUAAGUGACUCAAAAUACGAGGAAACCUGUUUAUUCACAGACGUUUUUCUUGAAAAAAGUUUGUGCAUCUCCUGAAAGAGCCUUAAUGCUUAAGUUUGUUAGCUCUUAGAUCAGAUGGUUCUCAAUGAGGUUUGAGACAUGCAAGAAUUAAAAAGAGCAAUUUUAAUUGCUUGUCGAAAGUAAUCCGAGUUGACAUUAGUUUUUUUCUUCAGUAUGCUUUGUGAUUGGUAAAAAUAAUCAUACCACCCUCUCGACCAAUCAAAUGGUAAAGCGAAAACCAAUCCCGACUUGGUCGUUCGCGUUUUCCUGUGAAAUUGGCUUGAAUUGUUAAAAAGAAACAACGGGUCACUCUGAAGUACGAAGUAAGUUUUGGCGGGAUACUAAACAAGAGGCUGCAAAUCCUAUUAGUGUACCAAGUAGGCCUUUGACUUUCAACAAGCUAUUUCAGGAAUGCAGACUCGUGGAGCUUUCCUAUAACAUAGUAGAUUACUCUAUCAUAAUAAUUCGACCCCUCCUUGCAUUCACUGGAGUGGGGCUGCACACCUUGUGUAGAGACUAUAUGUAAUUUUGCAGCCUUAGAACGUUUUACAAUUAAAAAAAAUUAAUCCUAUUCAACGAUUUUCUACUUCGUUUCCUCCUUAAUUUUUUUUUUCGGCAGUUACAUAGAGGGACGGGAAAUUCGCUGUGCUGUUGUUCAAUCAGCAGCAAAUGGAGAAUUAAAAGCUUUGUCGUGCAUCGAGUAUAAAGUACGGGAAAAUGACAUUAGAAGAACCGAAGACAAGCUCAGCUGCAAUGAAAAAGGAUUACCUGUUGGUAAGUACUGGAGAUACAUGUCCUUAAUUCCCACAACAACACUGGUAAUUAACAUAUGUGCUACGAAGCCACAUUUUCAGGGCGUCGUCAGGCUAAUUGGGUUCCCUGCCCAGAAAUUUUUGCAUCCCAAAUAGCGGAGGUCUAGCAUGCGUCACGUGAUCCUACAGCAGCUUAUUUAUCACUGGUACCUCAAGGGAGGUACCGUACCUAUGCCGCUAUUUUGCAUACCAGGUAAAAAAAAAUGGCGGCUAUCGAAGGCGAUUGCGUGCAAUCUUUGCGAGGUUAUUACGAUUACCUUAGUGCUGAGAAUAAAUAAAUGAGUAAAAAAAAAGAAAAAAAAAAAAAAACGGCGAGAGGCUUAAAUGUUUUGCAAGAGUAGAUCCCUACUCUAUAAGUACUAUGGCAAGCUAUAAUGGACAAAAGAGGUCGAGAAUUUUUACCUCGAGUCGAGAAUAUUUUUGCCGAGUCGGGAAUAUUUUUGCCGAGUCGAGAAUAUUUUUGCCGAGUCGAGAACAAUUUCUUCAUGUCGAAUUCUGACAACCAGUCGAAGAUUUUUUCUAGAGUCGAGAUUUUUUUGUCGAAUCGAAAUUUUUUCAUCGAGUCGAGAAUACCCAACAUGUCAUGCCGUCAUUUGCCGCCAAAAUGAUCAAACAAUAUGCCGGUUUGCAGAUCUGUUGGUUACGUAACUUUUUUAUAGAUCGUUGUCGUUCUUCAAAUUGCUGACGGUCCUGUGGAGGACUUGGAAAGGUUUCUGUUGUCUAUACAGGAUUGUAUUUCUCAUAUAGAACGAUGCACAGCUCUCGGAAACGGCAGAAAUAUGGAAUAUAUACACGAUCACUUGGAAGGCUUUGUUGAAAUAAUCGUAGCGUUUUAUUUGGUUUUCGCCAAUGUCAGAAGAGUUAAGUAAUAUAUUCCGUCAAGCAUCUGCUUGGUCUUUCAGCAUUGUCUAGGACAUAUAGAGACAUAUUACGCCCUUCUCAACAUUUCUAAGCUACAGGGUGCCAUAAAGAAAGUUUGUGUUUUGUAUUUAUCAUACAAGUUCCUUCUUUUUUUUUUUUUUUGCAAAGAAUAAUUUUUUUUAUGCAUCAGAAGUGUUUUCUGCUAAAAAGUGAGGUUUUAAAAGUAACUGUUGACAUAUUUGGGGAUUUUUUUAGCGACAUACCUGAAGUUUAAUGUUAAUUAGAGGCAACUUGGUUCUUGUUCUUGUUCUUGUGGUAAAUUCAUGAAAAGUGUGCUGACAAAGCAUACUGCACAACAAAUAUAAAAUGUGGUCUUGCUUUCCCAUUAUAUGAAAUUUAUACAUGAGUAUUUUUGAUGGACAUGGUGUUGUCCUAUACUUGCAAGUACCAGUGUCCCUUCAAUUUUGUUAAUAGCGUUUGUGACAAUAAAUAAUUUGGUUUAUUGCUUUGAAGUUAGCUUUCUGUUGGACAAUUCAGGGCCAAGUUCUUCAAAUCAAGGUUAAUGUUCAUCUGGGUUAAGGCAGCCUAUAGGUUUUGGUCACACUUAACCCAGGAUUAGUAUCAACCUUGUUUUGAACAACUAAGCCGUGGACUUAUCGCGAGUAGUCUGUUGUGAGGGUAGUUUUUAUGUGCAGCCUGUGGAGGAUUUUUUCUCUCAUCGAUAACCCCUUCUCACCCCUUGUCCAAAGACUGCAUAUCUUUUGUUUAAGUCAUGCUUGUAACUGGAGAAUGUGUACAAUAUGCAGGCUCAUAGUUUCCCAACUGUCCCAAUAAUAAAAAAUAAUUCUGAUGAACACAAAAAUUUGUGUACCUCUGCUUCGUGUUAGUUCCUUUCUGGUUCUAGGAAACGUUUUUUCCAAUUCUCUACAAGAGAAUGGUUUAUCACUAUUAUGUGAAAGGAAGGCAGUAGUUAUUGAGCUACAACCAGUCCAUAAGACCAUGUUAGUUUUAUCUUUUAAUAAUUUUAAUGCGCCAAUUGAACGAUUUAAAAGUAUGAACUAUUUUAUUUAAUUUUAAACAACAAAAAGGUCUUCAAAUCUAUUUGAAAGAGCUCAAAUGAUAGUUACAUUUCAGUAUCUGAGAAAUUUCAAUAGUAAUGUUAAUUGGGCUGUUUGUUUCCAUGGAAAUGAAAAAAAAGACAGUUUUGGAACAAAAAUGAUCAAGAUAAUCAGAACUAAUGAGCUAAAGUGUGAAUCGUGUUUGAACCUUCAUAAUGAUGAUUGGUAUAACUAUACCAUAAAAUUGCUUGUGGUAAUACCAGAGAGGUUUUUCAUGCUUACUAGCAAACUUUGAAACAAACAAGUCAACGCUCUUGCUAAACUGCUGCUUUUCAUUAAUCAUGGAACUGGACCUUACCUUGCAUUACAUUACAAUAUUUUAAGUUGCAUUAUUGACUAUUUAAUAGUCAAUAAUGCAACUUUAAAUAAUUAGUAAUGGUAAGGUAAUGUCCAAUUCUAUGAUUGCCAUCGUCUGCCAAUGGAUCAGACACUAGGCAUUUUAUUUCAUCUGUUUGAUUGUCAGUCAGUUGAAUGGUGCUUUCAGGCACAGAAACCAUGUUUUCUCUCUCGAUACUGGCCACAGGUCCAUCAGGAUCAACACCAUACUGGGAAAUAUUACCUAUAUCAAUGUUAUCCACCCCAGAGGGAACAAAGUCAGAGUAACAGAGUACCAGGGGAGGCAUGUUUGCCAUAGUAGGUAGACCAUAGUGAUUCCAGUGGGAAAUAUACUCAUCCAAAGAUGCCUGAAUGGCCCGAACGUUAAGACAGUGAAGGACAAACAAAUCACAUUCAUCAUGUGCGUCAUGAAUACCAGUAUUUUCCAUAAAAAUGAAUAGAUCAAUGUAAAGUGAGGAAACGACCCUGUUAACCUCUGCACAAAGCCUCUGUAUCCUUUGAUUGUGCGUGCUGCGUCCAGCUAUGAAGCUUUCUCUAUUUAGCCCCUUCUGAUCAAUCAUAAAUCGAGCAACAUUCACGUUUCUGCACCCCUAUCCCGUCUAACCCGUGAUGGAAUUCCAAAUUCUUGAAUUCCAUCCAUGAAGCAUUGCAAUACUGUACCUGCUAGGUUGUUGGUGAAACACUUUAUGUAAACUAUUGCUCUACUAUACCCCUUAAUGCAACCGGGCAAAACAAACCUCCAGUGGAUUAACUUGCGAUUUGAGUCAAUGUGCCAUUAGUGGUUUGAUUUUUUAACAUUAUGCAGACGUCAUUGAAUUGCAUAUCUGUGCAUUAUGGCGCGGUUUACAGGAUCGAUUCUUUGUAAUGCUUUCGGAUUUUUUGAGAUAGGUGUUAUUCGUAAGAUAUCUUUUGCAUUCCAAACAAGUUCCUCUUCAUUAACCUCGCUGUAAUCAAGAAUACCAAAUUCUAUUCUUCUUCUAGACAGAGUCCUGGCACUAACACUUGAACACUUUGCAAUAACUGUCCACUGCAUACCAGUGCUUCGAAGUACAUCAAUUCGUUCUGCUGUAAUGUUGUAUUUUGGUCUUCCUGAACUUUUUUCGCGGUAAGGUACACUACGAAACUUAGCACUGACUUGAAAAGAAGCAGCAUUUUUAUACCUGAUGGGGUUUAGUAACUCCCGCAAGAAGUGCGGAAGGUCGUCAACCAGCACUUUUAUCUCUAAAAAGCCUUGGACAUUAGCGAGAACCAAAGAAAACGCUGCGAUUAUUUCAACAAAGCCUUCCAAGCGAUCGUGUUUACAUUCCAUAUUUCUGUCGUUUCCGGGAGCUGUGCAUCGCUCUAUAUAGGAAAUGCAAUCCUGUAUAGACAACAGAAACCUCUCCAAGUCCUCCACAUUACCGUCGUCAACUUGAAGAACGACAACAAUGUAUAAAAAGGCUACGUAACCAACAGAUCUGCAAACUGCCAUAUCGUUUGAUCGUUUUGGCGGCAAAUGACAGCACGGCAUGUCGGGUAUUCUCGACUCGAUGAAAUAAUUUUCGACUCAGAAAAAAAAAUCUCGACUCGAGGAUAAAAUCUUCGACUAGUUGUCAGAAUUCGACUCGAAGAAAUAAUUCUCGACUCCAUAAAAAAGUUUCGACUCCGAAAAAAAUUCUCGACUUGAGAAAAAAAUCUCUACUUGAUGAAAAAUUCUCGAGCACUUUUGUCCAUUAUGGCUUGCCAUAGUAUGUGCCAACUUUUUCUCUCGAUCGUUGGAUUAAUGGCUGGAGGUCGAGUUUCCUGAUAUAGUGAACUACUUUCACUUUUCAACAAGUAAGUUCGUAAAGGAACACACCACAGCCUACAAAUGUAUCCAGUCCUACCGAAACUUCGUUGCUGAUUGGGUGAGAAGUAUUUUUGUGGGAAAAGCGACCCCAAAUUAUAAAUUCCUCGGAAGAUGAUGGCUCAGUGCAAAAAAAAAUUAAUCUAACAAACUAGGCUUUGUCUAGAUUCGCCAGCUCCACAGUAAGGUUUGAAUGGACCGUAUUUUUUUAGUCCAGCACCUUAUAAUUCCUUUUAAGUUUUCCAACUACUCUUUGUCUUGCAUAGAAAGGUCUGUUUGAAUUUCAGUAGAUACGGUCGUCAUAUUACUUUUUUAACAGAUAAGCUCAGAUACGUCAACAUUCAUGUUUUUCCUUUCCCCUUUUCCUUAAUUCCUACGUUCUGACUUUCCGUUUGUUGGAAAAGUUCUUGCACAACUUUUCGUUUCUUGUUCUGCCUUUCUUCUGCUUGCUUUUUUCGUUCAAGUGAGGACUGCGAACUUGGCUUUAGGACAAAGCUCGAGUGAAUAUUUAUCUCUCUCAUCUUAAAUUAAGCAAUUUGUUCAGUAGUCAUAAGACUUGGUUAUAACCAGUGGCUAUGCUAGCGCUACGCUAGCGCGUUUUAAAUUGCGACUUUUUUUAUUUCAAAUAAAAUAUGAAGUUAUUACUCUGAGACUUCUCGAUUACUAUUGUCUCAUGUUUAAAUUUCUGCUUAUCACUUAAAACUCAUCCAGUAGUCAUAAAGUAUCUUCGUUAACACUCAUGAUACUUUUACAGGGGAAAAGUUUUCAACCAGACUGUAUUAACAAUUUGCUUGUUUCUGUGUUUGUGUUCAUUUUAGGCAAAUCUCCAGAAACUAAAACAUGGUUCCUUGAUCCCAGAAAAGAGGAGAAGCUAAUUCAUCGUAUUCAACAACAAAGUUGCCGAGCUUUUCGAGAGUUAGGUUUGCAGGAUUUUGGUGUAUUCGACUUCCGAGUCGACAUUGAAGGAAAUCCAUUCCUCCUAGAAUGCAAUUUAUUCUGUUCCUUUGGUCCACAGAGCGUUGUCAAUAUAAUUGCCAAGGAUUCAGGUUUUACAGAUGAAAGUUUGUUUGACAUGAUGGUGGAGAAUACUUUGCUGCGCAAGCGUAAACAAGAGAAUAACAAUGUUAAUCUGUGAUAAAGUCAACGAAAUGACGACACUAACAAAAUGUAAGGAAGCGUUGUGAUACAAAAUGAAUUGCUCAGUUUUUUCUUUAGAAUUGUCUUUAGUUUCCAAGAAAGGGAAUUUAUCUUACAAGGAUGCGUCGUCUUCGACAGUGUAAACUUAUUUAGAGAAAGAGUUGAAUAAAAGAACGGAAAUUUGGAC